CCUCAACAAAAAUUGUUUUGGUGAAUUUGUGUGUAAUUUGGUGUUUGGGAUAGAAUAAUUUAUAUUUACCAUAAAAAUGGUUGUUUGUAAAUUUUUCCUACAAGGGACUUGUAAAUUCGGAAACAUGUGCAAGUUUCAACAUGACGUAAACGAGUCUUACAAUCCGUUUCAAUCGGGAGGAACGUCGGUGCUAAGAACUUCCAACUUUAAUCAACCUAAAUUCGCACAACCAGCACAAGAAAAACCAGCAGUAGAUACGAAUAUGCUAGUUAAAUCUGUAGUAUCCGAUAUGACACAGGCAGAAAAAGGUGGACAAUGGCUAUUUUCCUGCUACGCUCCUUACAAAGAAAAGCCAAUAUUUCCUGGAUUUGAAGACCUCAGUUUCGAAGAAUUAAGAUUCGCUUAUUACGAAGCCGUAAAAACAAACACAGUUGAGCAAUACAAACAACAAAUACAGGGAAAAGUUCAGGAAGUUUUAAUAAAAGUGAGGUCACUUCAGAAUCCAUCACCGGAUAUAAUAAACAUGCUUGUGAACAUUUACAAUACUCCUCCAUCAUCACAAGCCGGAACAUUUACAGGAAACACACAAACCAAUGUUACUAGUAACUUCAGUUUCAAUUCAGGAGGAAUAAAUCAACAGAAUACAACUACUCUGUUCAAUCAACCGAACCAAAGCAUCUUUGGGAAUACUCAACAGAAUGCAUUUAAUAAUCAAGCAAAUAACGUAUUUGGUGGAAGUAACGUAAAUAAUCAAAACACACAAAAUAUAUUUGCGAACCAACAGAGCAAUGUCUUUGGAAAAGUGCCACCUGCACCUACUGGAAGUAUUUUUAAUCAAGCAAAUAACAACAUGAGCGCACAAAGCAACUCUAUUUUCAACACCCAACCGGUUCCUUCACAAACUAACACAGGAUCGAUAUUCACCAACAACCAGCCAGCACACAGUGGUAAUAUAUUCGCUAACGCGAACCAGAAUCAACCUGCUCCACAAGCACAGAAUAUUUUUGGCGCUGCACAACCCGUAGCAGCUUCUUUUGCACCUCCAAACAACCAGUUCGUACAACCUACACAAAAUCCCCAAACGCCCAUGUUUAAUCAACCUCCGGCGAAUGAUCAACCGCAAGGUUUCAAUAACAACAUAUUUAGAAACCAACAAAACCCUGCACCAGCUACUCUACCUAAACAAGUUGAUUCUAGCAUUUAUUCCAAAUUAGAAGAUUUAUCGGAAGGAGACAUCAAAUGGUUUCAAAGUGACGACUUGGAUAUAUCGAAUAUACCAGAGAAGCCACCUACAUACGAAAUGUGCUUUAAGAUUUAAUUUUUUUCAUUGUGAUAUUAGUAUUUUAUUGUUUAUUAUAGUUGCCUUUAUUUACUUAAUGAAUAAUUUUGAAAUUAAACAUUACCGAAU